ACGAUUGGCCAACGCUGCCGUCGCUCAGCGGUCCGACCGGAAGGGGCUCGGCGACGCCCUUCUGGGUUUCUAACCGCCAAGAGGGUGGGAGGGGCCGGAGUGAAAGUUGCAAGACCCCGCCGCGGUGGCUAUGGAGUUGAGCCCGGUCGCUUUGCCCGGGCCCUCUGGCUCCUUCAAGGAGGAGCUUCUCUGCGCGGUCUGCUUCGACCCCUUCCGUGACGCGGUGACGCUGCAGUGCGGCCACAACUUCUGCCGCGGGUGCGUGAGCCGCUGCUGGGAGGUGCAGAUGACGCCCUCCUGCCCGGCCAAGUGUAAGAACCUGGAGCACAUGCUGCGGGAGAAAGCCAAGACUUUCUGGGCCAUGCGACGCUCCUAUGAGAACAUUGCCAAGCACAAUCAGGUGGAGGGUGCCUGGCUGCAAAGCCGCAUCCGGGAGGAGUUUGAGAAGCUCCGUGAGUUCUUGCGGAAGGAGGAGCAGGCCACCCUGGACGCCAUGACCAAUGAGGCCAGACAGAAGCAGCUCCUGGCUGACCAGAAGAUGAAGCGGCUUGAGGAAGAGACCGAGAUGCUGGCCCACGAGAUUGAGCGGCUGCAGGCGGAAAUGAAGGAGGAUGACAUCUCUUUUCUUAUGAAACACAAGAGCCGAAAACGCCGGCUCUUCUGCACCAUGGAGCCAGAGCCUGUCCAGCCAGACAUGCUCAUCGAUGUCUGCAAGUACCUUGACUCCCUCCGGUACCGCGUCUGGAAGAAGAUGAUGACAUGCGUGGAAUCUGUGCCUUUCAGCCUGGAUCCUAACACAGCAGCUGGCUGGCUCUCGGUGGCUGAUGACCUCACCAGUGUCACCAACCACGGCUACCACGUGCAGGUGGAGAAUCCGGAGCGCUUCUCCUCGGCGCCCUGCCUGCUGGGCUCCCGCACCUUCUCCAGGGGCUCCCACACCUGGGAGGUGGCCCUGGGUGGGCUGCAGAGCUGGCGGGUGGGUGUGGUGCGGGUGAAGUUGGAGGAGGGCACAGAUGGCCACUCCCAAGGCUCCUACCACGAUAUGCGCUCUGGCUUCUGGUACUUGUGCCGCACCCAGGGCGUGGAGGGGGACCACUGUGUGGCCUCGGACCCGGCCACAUCACCCCUUGUCCUGGCCAUCCCACGCCGCCUGCGUGUGCAGCUGGAGUGUGAUGAGGGCGAGCUGUCCUUCUACGACGCGGAGCGCCAGUGCCACCUGUACACCUUCCACGCCCGCUUCGGGGAGGUGCGACCCUACUUCUACGUGGGGAGUGCACGGGACGACAGGGCCCCCGAGCCUUUGCAGAUCUGCCCGCUGCGAAUCAGCAUCAAGCAGGAGCUGGACAGCUGAGCAGGCUCGAGCCUCGUCCUGAUGCCCACACGGGCCUGGGUGCCUCUGCCCGCUGCCUUCAGGCUGCCUUCUGUGCAGCUCUCUAGUCCUUUCUGGGGCUCCAAGCCCUACACCUGUCUAGUUUUGGCCCCUUCCCUUCUCAAAGUUAAGAGCCACCCAGGAGGCCCCUUGUUGGCCCAGGCUCUGCCAGAGUUGUGGCACCUUCAGGGUGUGAAUGUUCUGAACCUCAUUCCAGGGCUUCUGGAGAUAAUGUUUGCUUCUGGAGUGGACCUGUUUCACAAAGUAGGUUUCAGUAUUUUCCGGGAUCGGUGAGGCCGGCCAUCCAGAUGAUGACUGCUAUUGAAAAUUAUUUAUCACUCGGUUCCCAAGAGGAUGUAGCAGGCUCUGCCACAUAGGGCCACCCAGGGAGGCCCUAGGGCGUGUCAGGAGGCAGGGGGAGCAAGGAGAAAGUAUAGGCAAAGCCUUUGUUUAGUUUUCUGGGAAGGAAAGGCAGGGCAGGGGAAGCGGGGUGCAGAGGCUUAGUAUCGGCCAGUCUGAGUGGUUACCUCAGGUUCUGGGGGCUGCCCUGCAGGACUGACACUGCCCCAGAGAGCCCAGUGAGGCAGACUCAGGAGGCCGUGGGGCGGGGCUUGGGCUGGUGAGUGUCAGGGGAUUGGCUGGCCUGGGAGGGGCCAGUCACCCAUGGGGUCCCCAGCUGCAGAGCUUCAGGAAAACCGUAGAUAAAACAGUUAAUGCAGGACCAUGCUGUGGCUUUAGGACCCUACCUGGGCCUCUGCUUGGCUGUUACCUUACAUUACUAUUUUAAAACUGCUGCAGAAAUCCCACUGAGCAGGCUGAGGCAAAGCUUCCUGACCUCAUCGAUUAGCUCCCAUGUUUCUGUUUAUACUUGAAUGGGCAGCUUCCUCAGAAUUUAAGAGUUCUGGAGCACUGGGCCUCGGUUUUCUCCCCUGUGAGAUGAUGGGACUGGCAGACAGUGUCCUGUAACUGCCGCGGAGGAAAUUCCUCUGCUUGGUUCUUUCCAAGGUCUGAGAAGGGAAGGAAGGAGGAGGCCCUUUUUAGUUAGGAAGAAGAAACGGGGUGCACUCAGGGGGGCCCACGGCUGCAACCCCAGAGCCUGUAGAGUGCCGUGGAGGCAAACACCCUCAUCAUCCUGCCUUCUUGCCUUCCUUUGCUCUUCUCUGCUGUGUGCCUCCCACCUUGGCUCUCCCAGGCCUGCCGUGGUCUCUGUGUGGCCCACUGUCCCCGGAGGUGGGGUGGUAAAGGCAUACGUUUCCCCGGGGCUGUUGGGUGCUCAGGUCCAGGAAGGCUCCGUGCACUUCUGGAGCCCAGCAGGUCUGAGCGCGUUUGCCUGUCAGAUGCAGUUUCUGUAUCGCAGACAUACCUGAAAUUACUUUGUUAGAAUAAAGUUUAAAAAUGUUUUUAUUUUCACUUUAGAUGUAAGUUUGUGUUUGUUUUUUUAAUUAAA